AUGAAAAAAAAUAAUGAAGAGUUGAUUCCUUUAAUUAAUAAAUCUAGUAUUAAUUCAAGUAUCAAUGAUAAUAGUCAUCAUAAUUUUUCAAGCCAAUAUGGUGGAGUGUUAUUAAAAAAAAAUGCAAACUAUUGGAUAUUUUCUUUUUUAAAAAGAUAUGAUUAUUUUUGUAUUGUUAUUGGUACAAUUGCUGCUGUAAUUCAAGGUGCUGGUUUACCAUUACUUUCUAUUAUAUUCGGAAAUAUGACUACUAUCUUUAUUGAUGUUCAAAAUUCAGAAUGGUUGACAGGAGUUACAAUAACUAAUUCAACAUCAAAAGGAAUAUCAAAAAAAGAAUUUGAAGAGUCUAUUUAUAAAUGUUGUAUAUAUUAUUUAGGAAUUGGAUUGUUAAUGUUAACUACAGGAUUUGUUCAAGUUUCAUGUUGGGAAGGAGUUGCUGAAAGAACAAUUCAUAGAAUACGUAAAAAAUAUUUUUCCUCCAUUAUACGCCAACAAAUUGAAUGGUUUGAUACAGGAGAUAUGAAAACAGGAAAUUUGUCAAAUAAAUUAUCAGAUGACAUGGAGAGACUAAGAGAAGGUUUAGGUGACAAAAUAAGUUUUUGGAUUCAAAAUGUUGCUGGUUGUAUAUCAGGUAUAUGUAUAGGAUUAUACUUUGACUGGAGAAUGACAAUUGCUUUAUUAAUUUUUACACCACUUAUUGUUGCUACUGGAUCAUUUAUGGCAAAAAUUAUAGCUUCACGAUCAAUCUUAGAACAAACAAUUUAUGGAGAAUGUGCUGAAAUAGCACAGGAAACAUUAGUUGCCAUCAAAACUGUCCAUGCAAUGAAUGGUGAAAAAAGACAAUUAAAAAGAUAUAAUAAUGCUUUAAAUAAGGCACGUAAAGCUGGACUUAAAAAAUAUUUUUAUUUAGGAUUAGGUGUUAGUGCUUCACAAAUUAUGAUUUUUUCUUCAUAUGCCUUAUCAAUACUUUAUAUUGGGUAUGCUUUAACAAAAAAAAUUAACAAAAAUGAAGGAAAUAUUAUAACUGUUAUGAUGUCUGUCAUGUCUGGAAGUACAGCUUUAGGUGUAGGCUUACCAUAUUUAAAUAAUAUUUCAAUGUCAUACGGUGCAUCAAAAUCAAUAUUAAAAAUUUUAAAUUCAGUUCCAUCAAAUGAUACAUCUGAAAUUGAAGGUUUAAAUUUAUCAAAAGUUUCUGGAUCUAUUGAAUUUAAGAAUGUUAAAUUUAGAUAUUCUAGUAGACCAGAUGUUCAGGUUAUAAAAGAUCUUUCAAUUAACAUAAAAUCUGGUGAAAAAGUUGCAUUUGUUGGUACUUCAGGAUCUGGUAAAAGUACAAUUUUAUCAUUAUUACUAAGAUUUUAUGAUCCUGAAUCUGGUGACAUAUACAUUGAUGGUCAUAAUAUUAAACAAUUAAAUAUUAAUAAUUUACGAGAACAUAUUGGUGUUGUUUCUCAAGAACCAGUAUUAUUUGAUGGAACAAUUGAGGAUAAUAUAAAAAUUGGUCAUAUUAAUGAUGAAAAUAUUAGUAGAAAACAAAUAAUUUCUGCUUGUAAAAAUGCAAAUAUUCUUUCAUUUAUAGAAACAUUACCUAAUGGAUUAAAGACAAAGUUAGGUGGACGUGGAUUACAAAUAAGUGGUGGUCAAAAACAAAGAAUAGCUAUUGCUAGAGCUAUUAUAAGAAAUCCAAAAAUUUUAUUAUUAGAUGAAGCUACAAGUGCACUUGAUACAGAAAGUGAAAAAAUAGUUCAAGAAGCAUUAGAUAAACUUCAAGAAAAUAGAACAACAAUUGCUGUUAGUCAUAGAUUAUCAACAAUAAAAUCAUUUGAUAAAAUUUAUGUUUUUCAAAAUGGUGCUAUUGUAGAAGAAGGUACAUAUAAUUAUCUUUAUCAAUUAAAAGGAAUAUUUUAUAAAAUGAUAAAAGAACAAGAGAUUAAUAAAAAAGAAGAUUCAGUUUUACAAAAUAAUGAUGAUGAAAGAAAAUCUUCUGUCUUAAAAUAUAAAAGUUCUAUUUCUAAUGAUGUAUUUAAUACAAUUGAAUCAUCAAAAAAAUCAUCUUUAUUUAGUAUAAUAGAAUAUGAAGAUGAAAUUGAUAGAGAUACAAUAAAACCUUCAGGAAUCAAAAAAAUAUUUAUAUAUAAUAAAAAAUAUUGGAAAUUUUUUGUUUUUGGAUUAAUUGGAUCAUGUAUAUCAGGAUUAGUAACACCAUUAUUUUCACUUAUUUAUGCUCAAAUGUUUACUAUAUUUACAGAAUCAGGUGAUAAUUUACAAAAACAAUCAUAUAUUUUAUCUGUAAUGUUUAUAUUAGUUGGAUUAAUUUUUGCUUUUGGUUUUAUGAUAUCAUCAUUAUCAUUAGGUAGAGCAGGAGAAAAUUUAACAAAAAAAUUACGUUAUGAUACAUUUGAAAAUCUUCUUAGACAAGAUAUGUCUUUUUAUGAUAACAAACGACAUAAUACUGGAAAAAUUUGUACACGUCUUGCAACAGAUGUUCCAAAUGUUCGUUUUGUAUUUACACGUUUACCUGCUGUAAUAAGUUGUAUUGUAACAUUAUUUGGUGCAAUAGGAAUAGGACUUUAUUUUGGAUAUCAAUUAACACUUAUCUUAUUAUUAAUGAUACCAUUAAUGAUAGGAGCUGGAUAUUUUCAAAUGAAAAUGCAAAUGAAUAAUCAUGCCAGGAGUAAUAUUAAAUUAGAAGAAGCUGGAUUAUUAUUUGAUGAGACAAUUGAUAAUAUUCGUACAGUUCAUUCUUUUAAUCUUCAAAAUUAUUUUUAUAAAAAAUUUUGUGAAAAAUUAAAUGAACCACAUAAAGAUAAAAUUAGGCAAACAAAAGUAUAUGGUUUUGUUUUUGCCUUUAGUCAAAGUAUUUUACCAUUUUUUUAUGCAGCAUCAUUCUAUUUUGGGUCAAUUUUUAUAAAGAAUUUAACAAUGGAACCAUUAAAUGUUUUACGGGUCUUCUUUACAAUGUCAUUUUCUGGGAAUUCAACAGGCCAAUUAGCCUCUUUUAUUCCUGAUAUAAUUAAAGCAAAACUUGCUGCCAGUCUAAUUUUUCAUUUAAUAGAAUAUCCAACUAAAAUUGAUUCAUUAUCUCAAACUGGUCAUCAACUAAAAAUUAAGGGGAAAAUAAAGAUAAAUAAUAUCCAUUUUAGUUAUCCAACAAGAAAAUCAAUUAAAGUUUUGGAUGGAUUAUCUUUAGAAUGUAAAGAAGAACAAUCAAUUGCAUUAGUAGGACACUCUGGAUGUGGAAAAUCAACAAUAAUGCAACUUUUAGAAAGAUUUUAUUUAUUUAGACGUGGAACAAUAAAAAUUGAUGGAUACAAUAUAGAAGAUAUUAAUAUUCAAUGUUUAAGAAAUCAAAUAAGUAUUGUUUCACAAGAACCAACAUUAUUUAAUUGUUCAAUUGAAGAAAAUAUUUUAUAUGGUUUAGAGGAAGAAAAUAUACCACAUGAAAAAGUAGUUGAAGCAGCAAAAAUUGCUAAUAUUCAUAAUUUUAUAUCAAAUCUCCCUGAGGGAUACUCAACUAUUGUAAAUAAUGCAAGUUUAUCGGGAGGACAACGUCAAAGAAUAUCUAUAGCUAGAUCUAUUGUAAGAAAUCCUAAAAUUUUAUUAUUAGAUGAAGCUACUAGUGCUCUAGAUUCUGAAUCAGAAAUAGCUGUACAGAAAGCUUUAGAUAAUGCAAAAGUUGGAAGAACAACAUUGUCUAUUUGUCAUCGUCUUAGUUCAGUUCAAAAUUGUGAUUUAAUUUUUGUAAUUAACGAAGGAAAAGUUAGUGAAAUUGGAAAUCAUCAACAAUUGUUAGAAAAAAAAGGAUUGUAUAAAAAACUUUGUGAUAAUCAACAAUUAACUGAGUAA